AUGUCUUCCUUCUUAUCCUCGGACACGUUCUCGAACCCGAGAUUUCAGCUUUUUGCGGCUGCUGUCUUUUCAGCAGCGACUACGGCUUCUUUGUUACUCGGCUAUCAAGCUCUGGAGCGCGAAGAGAGGGUACAUGCACUCAAGAGCUCAAUCCCUGCUGAUGACCCUAACAUUCAACCUUUAAACAACUUUGGUGGCUCAUCAGCGCCACCAGUUGACAAGGAGGAUGCAAGGAACCAAGCUCUAGCCCGUCGGGCACAAGCUGGUGACUUCGAUGAAGAGCUAAUUCUUGAACAACUGGCGAGAAACAGAGUCUUCUUGACAGAUGAAGGCCUCGAUAAGCUACGGAACUCGUUCGUCAUUGUGGUUGGUUGUGGAGGAGUUGGUUCUCACUGCACAGCAGCCCUUGCUCGCUCUGGUGUUUCGAAAAUCAGGCUGAUAGAUUUCGAUCAAGUGACUUUGAGCUCCUUGAACAGACAUGCGGUCGCUACCCUGGCUGAUGUUGGUAUUCCCAAGGUUCAAUGCUUGGAACGACGCUUGAUUGCCAUUGCACCAUGGGUUAAAUUCGAUCUGCGCCAGGAGCAGUUUAAUGAGGGUGUUGCAGAGCGCUUGCUUCGACCCUGGAGCGAAGAUGGACGUGCCCCUGACUUUGUUAUUGAUGCCAUCGACAACAUCGAGACCAAGGUCUCACUUCUCGAAUAUUGCUACAAGAACAACCUGACAGUCAUCAGUGCCAUGGGUGCAGGAUGCAAAAGCGACCCUACAAGAAUCAUCGUGGGAGAUAUUGGGGCCAGCAAGGAUGACGGGCUCUCAAGGGCGACACGAAGGAAGCUGAAGCUGAAAGGUAUCACAAGCGGCAUCCCCGUUGUCUACUCUACGGAGACAUCGGGCGCUGGUAAAGCUGAGCUUCUCCCGUUACCUGAAGAGGAAUUCCAGAAAGGCUCUGUUGGCGAUCUCGCUGCCAUGCCCAACUUUCGCGUUCGAAUUCUUCCCGUUCUCGGUACAAUGCCAGCUAUCUUUGGUCUCACAGUGGCAAACCAUGUCAUUCUGAGCAUUACAGGCUACCCCCUAGACUAUGUACCUGCCAAGGGCCGCGAAAAGAUGUACGAGGGCAUGCUGGCAACAUUGCAGAGCUAUGAGGAGAAGUUGGCACGAUUAGGCAAUGAGGGCGAUCAAAUAGGCCUCAAGGUCCCCAUCACUGUCGGUGACGUUGCUUUCCUAUCUGAGGAGCUCUAUCAGGGCCGAAGUGCCAUUACUGGUAUUCCCACGAAGCUGGUCCUGAUCCGAUGGCAGAAGCCCAGCGGCUCCAGUAUCACGACCCUGGGUGAGGGCAAGAGCAUCCAGAAGUGUUCUACAGUGAAGCUUCACGAUCUCGUGUUAAUGACCAAGGAUGAAGCCACAAGACACGAGAAGGAGAUCUUCAAGAGUGGGAAAUCUCUUGAAGAUGUAUACGAUGCCGAGACAAUUGCGCGGGUUGAGAAGAAGAGAGAGACGGCUGAGAAGUACGAGGCGUUUCGUUCAUGA